CAAAUUAAAAAUCUUUGGAGUACCACUUUUGCCUGGUUUCGGAAGUGUCUUCCCACCCCUCUGCUGCUCUCAGAGGCCUUAAGCAUUAAGGAUCUAGUGAUGGCCCGGCCCGGCAGGUAGUGCACCCGCCAGCUAAUACGCCCUCCAGACGUUGAAGGUUAGUUGUGACGAGCAGUCAAAGAGAGGGGAGGGGCGCUCUCAUCCACUGGUAUUGGUGAUGUGAGAACGUCUGGUCGUGCACCUUCACCCACAUUGAUGAUUAUCAUAUAGCGGUGGAGCCCCCUCUCCCCUUCCUCCCCCACUGAUCAUGCCGUUUUCGCAGCUGCCAUUUUCAAAUGCCUCACCGUCUUCCACUACUUCCCCAUCUUCUCUUCCCCAAUAUAAUGCAUCCCCCACCCUUUCUAUGCUGUGUUGUAUUGUGAGCACUGAGCAUUGGGCAGCUGCAGUGGAAUUUAUUAAUUAGUUGGUCUGCAAGGGGAGAAAAUAUUUAUUAUUGAACGUUGAGUUCUUUUGCUUUUGAAGGUAUAGUUGAAAGCCAGUUUGUUGCAGGCAUUCUUAGCCACGUCAGAAGCUAUUCUCAAGCACCCUCCAAAAAGUUUUGCCUGGGAAUAGUGGUUCAAGGAUACGGAAUCGACUCCUGGGCUUCAGAUUGAUCAGGGUAGAAGCUAAGCAAUGGGGUUCUGGAGUCUUUUUGUUACGGCACUUAUGCCAAUUCUGAAAGUACUGGUGGUUACUGGGAUUGGCUUAUUCAUUGCCUUGGAGCGUAUAGAUCUCUUGGGGCCAACUGCUCGGCAUCACUUGAACACUCUUGUGUUCUAUAUAUUCUAUCCUGCACUGGUAGCUAGCAACCUGGCCGAUACAGUUACAGCUAGUAGUUUGGCUACAAUGUGGUUCAUGCCAGUGAAUAUACUUCUGACUUUUAUCAUUGGCUCAGCACUUGGUUGGAUACUCAUAAAAAUCACCAGACCACCCCAACAUCUACAUGCACUUAUACUUGGUUGUUGUUCGGCAGGAAAUAUGGGGAACUUGUUUUUCAUUAUCAUCCCGGCAAUCUGUGAGGAGUCAGACAAUCCUUUUGGCUCAUCUGAUUGCUCCACAGAUGGAGACGCGUACGCUUCCCUUUCUUCUGCGCUGGGUGCCAUUGGUGUUUGGACUUAUGUUUACAUGAUUAUGCGGAUGUCCGCAACUAAGUGCAAAGGAGAAAUCAAUCUAUGUAACUCCACAACCAGUGUAAGAACUUCUCGAGAAGCAUUGGAAAUAAGCUCAGACUGUUGCACUGAAGCAUUGCUUCCUCCAAGGGAUAGCCCAAGGUCUGGGAACUGGUCAGAUGAAGAAGAACUGCCUCAUGACGGAUCUGAGGAAAAAUCAGAGGUGCCAUUUUCAGAGAAGAUUAAGCAGAAAGUUAAGAUCUUUAUGGAAAAGACGAACUUCAAGCAAGUGUUUACACCAUCUACUAUUGGAGUGAUUUUUGGUUUCUUCAUUGGGUUAAUCCCUCCAAUCCGAAAGCUAAUUAUUGGGGACAGUGCUCCUCUUCGUGUGAUUGAGAGUUCUGCAACUUUGCUGGGGGAGGCAGCCAUCCCAUCUACAACCCUGAUAAUGGGAGCAAACCUCCUUUCUGGUUUAAAAGGAUCAGAUGUUAGCAUUGUUGUGAUUUUGGGAAUUGUAGCAGUUCGGUAUAUCUUUUUGCCUCUGUUGGGUGUUGUUGUUGUCAAAGCCGCAACUCAUUUUGGGCUGGUGGGAUCAAAUUUGUUGUUCCAGUUUGUUCUCAUGCUUCAAUAUGCAGUUCCGCCGGCAAUGGGCACUGGUGUAAUUUGUCAGUUGUUCCAGUUUGGACAAAGUGAGUGUUCAGUUAUCAUGCUAUGGACUUAUGCAGUGGCAGGCUUCGCUCUUACCCUUUGGUCCACCUUCUUCAUGUGGCUUGUGUCUUGAUUUGUAUUUUGCAAAAAAAAUUUCCCAUUUGAUAUCAUUCCGGACGCUAGGGUUAUGUUUGUUUGAGAGGCUAUAAUUUGUGUUACAAGGCUUCAUCAUGGAAAUACAAUGCCUCAUGUGUUAUUAGAUUAUAUAAAUUGUCUUGUUGUGGUAUACUUUUGGGUACCAUCAAUCAUGACACAUGAUUACAAAUUUUCGGAAAUAAUUCCAAGAAUGCAGAUAUACAUCAAUUUCUUUCC